AGCAGAGACUAAGUUAACUGGAGACUGUUUACGAUGUACUUCACUACUGCAUGUCUUCUAAUUUUUGGUUUGCACAUUUCUACUGGUGAAGAUUACUAUGACUAUGGGGAACCAAAAAACUGCGAAAAGACAGAAUCCAUCAUAGGAGGUAGGGUGGACUAUCCCAAUGGAGUUGCAGUGGGCAGUGAGGUAACCUAUCACUGUAAAGAUGGAUUUAAACCCUACCCAGUCUCCAAGAAAAUCUGCAACUCUGAAGGAAAAUGGGAGCCAAAAAUAUCGAGGGUGAUAUGUGAAGAAGAAGACGAUUAUGAGGAUUAUGAUGAAACACCCCAAAAGAACUGCUCUCUGGCAGAGGUCAUAAAUGGAGGCCAUGUGACCUAUUCCAAUGAAGGCCUGGAAGGCAGUGUGCUGACAUAUCACUGUGGAAUUGGAAGCUACCCUUAUCCAUUCAGAAGAAGAGUAUGCCAACGAGGCGAGUGGUCAGUAAUGGUACUGCCUAAUGGCAAGAGAGUGUCCACGGCCACCUGCAGAGAAAUUCUUUGCCCAGCACAACUUAAGCUAGACAGUGGAGAAUUUUGGCCUAAAAAACAGUGGUUCAAGGUUGGAGAAGAACAGAGAUUUUCAUGCAAGGAGGGCUUAACACUGCUUGGUUCAGCACAGCGGAACUGCACCGAAUGGGGUCACUGGACUGGUACCACACCAGUGUGUAAUGAUAAAAGUGACUACUGUGGAAAUCCAGUGACUCCACCAGGAGCGCUGCGCUCUGGAGAUCGCUUCCGCAUUGGUGACAAAGUGAAAUACAGCUGUCAAUCUGGCUUGGAUUUACUUGGACCUGAAGUAAGAGAGUGUUUGGAUUCCAAAGAAUGGAGUGGACCUGUCCCACGAUGCCAAGCUCACUUUGCAUUCGAUUCACCUGAAACUGUGGCUCAGGCUAUGCAUGGCUCUUUGUCUGUUGUAUUGGAUGUUUUAUCCCCAGAGUUCAAAAUGAAAGCUCAGCAAGAUUAUGGUCGAACCUUGAAAGUAGCAGAUGGUCGUCUCAACAUUUUCAUCCUGAUGGACACGUCAGGAAGCAUUUUACAGGAUCAAUUUGAAAAUGCAAAAAAAGCCACUGCUAACCUUAUACGCAAGCUGAGUAGCUACGAUGUUCAAAUGAAGUUUAAUAUAAUUUCCUAUGCCACUGAGCCCCGGGACAUUAUAAGAAUUCAGGACUAUGGCAGUGAUAAUGUGGAAAUUGUCCUGAACAAGUUAACUGAGUUCAGUCAAACAACACAUGGCCGAAAGACUGGUACCAAUCUCUAUAAAGCGCUCUACAAGGUAUAUGAACAACUGUCCUUCCUCGGUGCAAGCAAAAAGGAAAAAUACUUUAAUGAGACUCAGAACGUCAUUCUCAUUGAGACUGAUGGCUAUUCCAAUAUGGGAGGGAGUAUAGAGCAUGUUUUGUGUAUGAUCCGUGAACAUUUGGGUUAUAAAUGCAGAUCAUUUGAUAACACACAAGAGGAUCUCCUAGAUAUAUAUGUGUUUGGCAUUGGAGAAAAUGUUAAGAAAGAUGAACUAAGAAACAUAGCUUCUAUGAAGAUGAGAGAGCAGCAUCUGUUUAUUUUGCACACUUACAGUGACCUUGGAGAGGUGUUCAACAGGAUGAUCAAUGAUUCUGCUGUAACCAAAUGUGGAAUGGCUCAAGAGCUUGUUUACCCAAGAAAAACUCCAGAAACCCAUGAGGAUACUGAAGCACCUCAGCCUGCUUAUACCAGACCUUGGCAUGUCAGUGUUUACUGGAAAAUGAGGCCAUGCAAGGGCUCCAUUUUGACUGAGAACUGGCUGAUGACAGCUGCGCAUUGUCUGAUGAAACUGACUGAUGGGUUUGUGGAACAUGCCACCACUAACGAACUACACAUUGAGCAUGGUGAGGGUAAAGCAGCAGCCUCAUUGCUAAUCAUUCAUCCGCAGUUUGAUGUCAGCGGACUCAAGGACAAGAACAUCAAGGAGUUUUAUGACUAUGACAUUGCGCUCAUUAAAGUGGUCAAUAGCAUUAAGUUGUCCAUAAAGGCAAGGCCUAUUUGUUUGCCAUGUACAAAGGCUUCAAAUCGAGCUCUCAGACUGAAUCAUGACUCUACUUGUGAGAAACACAAAAGCGCCCUGAUUGAUCCGAAGGAGACUCAAGCCCACUUUAUCCGUCAGGGGAAAAUCAGAUUGCAGACCCACAUCCAGUCUGAAAAGAGAGUAGAAUGUAUGGAGCAAUACAAACCAGCCUUGGCUUCAAACAACCUGGUCGCUCUGACAGACGUGAUCACAGAGAGAUUCCUGUGUACAGGGGGAUCCACAAAACACAAAGACGAUUUUACCUGCAAAGGUGAUUCUGGAGGUGCACUCUUUCUUCGCAAGGCAAUGCGCUAUUUUCAGGUGGGAGUGGUGAGCUGGGGGAUAAAGUCAUUGUGUAACUCUACAACCAAGGUUGUUCCUGACCCUCCCAGAGAUGCCCGUGAUUUCCACAUCAGUGUGUUCGCCAUUAUGCCUUGGCUUCAACAGCAUCUGGGCAAGGAACUGGAAUUUCUACCUUUUGGAAACCUUAACUAAGCAAAAAAAUAUAAAAAAUCUAUACUAAAACUCUGUUCUGGCAUUUAAUUUAACAUUUCAAUGAAAACUAAAAACCGAGCCAGUGUGAAAAAUACAAUGAUAACUUCUUAUCAAAAAGCUGCUGUGUCCUGCUGUAAUAAAUACCAAUAAAAAUGAAUUCAAUUA